AUGCUGUUACCUCUGUUUACUCAACUUGACUUUACACAAGAUGAAAAUGAAAACACACCCGAUGUAACUAUAUGUGCUGUACUACUGUCUCUUCUCUCUGAUCUUCUAAAAAGYUCAUCUACAAGUCAACACCAAAUGAUGCGGUGCCAGGGUUUCCUUGUAAUCAGUAACGUAUUAGAAAAGUCCCAGGCCGCACUCACAGARCAGUCCCUCAACAUUUUCCUGUCUCUUGCAAGGUAUUUGUUGUAUACUCCAGGAAGUGGGCCUUUGCUUGGAAGUCUUCUAGACCAUGUGCUUUUCAACCCUAACUUAUGGGUUAAAACCCCUGCCGAGGUUCAGCAGCAGUUGUUUAGUGUCUUYGCUACAGACCUUGUUAGGGGCGUUGGAUGUGCUGCGCAUAUUCGACGUGAAGUUGGCGUUAGACGUCUGAUGUACAUGUUAAAGACCUACUAUUGGCUGGACAAACAAUCGGAUGAGAUUGAAAAAGGGACAGUUAGAUCCGAUAAAGAAGACGUCAACAGGCUUCGAGCGUAUUUACUUCUUUUAGUCAAGCAACUAGUUCUAAAGGAUAAUGGCGUUGCCGAAGAUGAGCUGUACGGAAUUCUCGCCUACUUAGUCGCGACGAAGGAGGAAGAAAAUAUCCUGGAUGUGUUGCAGUUAGUGUUGUCUAUUUUGACAGAACAGCCUGAAGCUGUAGUGCCGGCGUUAGACAAAGUAGAUGGGUUCAAAACUCUUUUCAACUUCUUGGAUGCAUCGCUGGAGUCGAUUCGUGUAUACUCUUUGAAGAUCAUUGGCUGUUUUAUUCACCAUUGUAAUCCAAGGAGAAAAGUAGAGCUUCUACAAAAUUAUGGAUUGUUUGCGUUGAUUGGCAAAAAGCUAAUGCUACAUGGUUUGACUCUCACUACUUAUAAUGUACUUUUUGAGAUUCUUACUGGUCGUGUAUCAAAGCAGAUACUCAGCAGUCGUCAUCCCGAACCUGAUGAUACCUAUGUUAUCCACAAUGCCAAUCUUUGUCCAGUAAUCGUCAAAAUGCUGCAUCAGAUCGACAACAAAGACGGUAYAGYCAACACUUUGACUACCCAUGAAAACACUGACGCAGAUACAGCUGAUAYCCCGUCAUCUCAACCAAACGAUGGCUUGGAUAUCAAGAAGGUCUUCCUAUCAGAUCUUGUUCUACUGCUACACCAUAGUAAAGAAAAUCGAAGUAUUCUGCUGCAGCUUUCGUGUUGGCAAGACUGGUUGUUUUCUCUAGCUYACUUCGACCCAAAAGAUAAAGCCGAAUGCAGGACAACAGAUACUGUGUUCUCACUCUUUCGGAUGCUGCUUCAUCAUGCGUUCCAAGAAGAGCGUGAGGGCUGGCGUAUUUGGGUUGAUACACUUGCUAUCCUUCAUGGAAAGGUAAGCCAAUACACAAAAGAAAGAAAAGAAAARGAAGAAAUGGAACAAAAAUCAAAGAAAACUAAAAACGACGCUUCUAGGACCCGCCGCAGUACUGGUCUAGUCCGUACAAAGAGUGCCUCAGARGUCGAAUCAUCGAGGCGSAGGCCUCUCUCCCCUGAGGCUGACAGUGAGAGGAGAAAGUUCUUUCAAUCGCUUUUGCAAGCCAAAGGGGCAUCUAGCAGUGAAAAGAUUGGUUCCAUUCCGGAAGAGAAAGAAUCCCUCGAAGAAAGUGCCGUUAAGAGUGUUUAUCAAGACCCUGAUCAGCAGGAUGUCCAAGCCUCACAAAAUGGUGGGGCUUCCGAAUCCAUUGAAGACAAUAAAAUAUCUGCGUCUAUCUCAGAGACAGCAGAAGCGUUGAACAAUAGUCUUUCUCCCGACGAAGAGUCGGCUACUAGUGCUCCUUCUGACAUARRAAAAAAUGAAGAAAAAGAAGAUCAAGAAUCGAUAAAUGAAACAAAGACAUCWGAAGAGACCACAAGAACGAACGAAGAARCAGCACCAACCAGUAAAACCAACGAUAAUGUCGAUGCAGUUUCGAGUGACCAGAUGUCAUCGAUAGUUAAUGAUCCCAGUACGGAUGAGGAUGAGUCGAGGAGUACGACGGGAGUAGAGUCCAAUAUACGGGGUGACGAAAUUGCAGGUUCUAAUACUGAAACCAAGACAGUACCAGGCCAUCCCGUCCGCGUUAAUUCAACCAAUGAGGACGAAAAUAAACUAGUUAAUGGUGACGGGAAAGACGGAGAUGAUACUAUAAACGAAAAUAUUCAAAAUGAAUCUAAAACUGAUACAGGUGAAAUUUGUACAAAUGUUAAUCAGUCUAUCGAUAAAAACGUUUUUAAUGGUGGCCAAAAAGAAGACUGCCAACAACCAGCAGACGAUGAAACGAUUGAAAAGGACCGGGAGCCUGCUUCUAGGGACAGUGAUCUAGAAAUUGUAAAAGAAAGCGAUAAURAAAAGCURGAGUCUACAGAAAACGUCAGUGAGCAAACCUCAAGUACAAGUGCAAAGGCUUCUAAUCAAUUGCUAUCCGAACACGAAGCUAAAGACCAAGAUGGCAACCUUUCUUUAAAUAUGAAAAGCUCAUUCAUAGGCGCGGACACUUCUUCUUCACCAGAAGACGAAAAACCUAAAACAAAUUCUSAAACUGAAAAACUGCCCACGGAUGAGAAAACCAGCGGUUYAACCACUGGUACACAGUCUUCAGAAAAUACUUCUGAAUCGUCCGGGCCUAGUGCCCAGGCUUCACCCACCAGAAAUGAAGAGACUGGUAAUUCAGGAGACCAAUAUAAAGCAUACAUWAAUAUACCAGAGUUCAUGUGGUCAAGUAUGCAUCAAAGACUUUUAGGUGAUCUACUUUUUGCUAUUGAAUCAGACYUACAGGUUUGGAGAAGUCAUACRCGCAAGAGCAUAAUGGACUUCGUCAAUUCCAAAGAAAAUACGACAUACUUAUGGAACCUCGCUCACUUUGUCUCCGUGCUCGCUGAUAACGUCAUCUACGCCUGUGGAGAUCUUCUUCCACUGUUAUCGUCUGUCACAUCACGUGACUAUUCCCAGGACGUCAUCCAACCGUGUGGUGGAAUGAGCCUGGAGUCGAGUUUCUCGUUUCUGAACCGGUUGAUGUCACUAGUUGACGUCAUAGUGUUUACCAGUUCACUCGCUUUCAGUGGUGUAGAGUCAAAUAGAAACAUGAGUAGUGGAGGAUUUCUAAGACAAUGUCUUCGGUUAGUUUUCUGUUGUGCUGCGCGAAAUCGUCUCGUUUGCCGGCAACGUAAUCGACCGAUCUUCCCUUUCGUAAAAGAUGGAAAAGUGACCAAGAAAACCUUGAAAGAAACGCGUGAAGCAAUCAAGGCACUGAUAUCUUCAACUGAACCACCAACUGAUAAGGACAUGYUACAAAACAUCCCUGGUCACAUCACGACCGUUACCGACCCAGAAAAGCUGCUCCAAGAAAUGGAYGUUAAUCGUCUACGAGCUGUUGUUUACCGAGACUUUGAAGACAGCAGACAAGCUCAGUUUCUUGCUCUUACCGUGGUGUACUUCAUAGCUGUCAUGAUGGUUGCUAAAUAUAGAGAUUUACUUAAGAGUGACGAGUCAAGAUUGAGAUGUAGCACAGCUCCGCCAACAGAUACGCUCGAUGCAACCAAUGGUUUGGAAAAAACGCGCAACCGAGCCGUCAGCUGGGGAGGUCAGCGGAGUAAAUCACAAGAUAUUGACGAUGACGUAUUUGCAAGUAUAACUGACCCAGAAGAGGCGUUAAAAAUGCCAACUAUCCCUAAAACCUCGGCCGAUUUUAACCGUUUGAGUCUGUCUGAGAAAGUAGAGGUUGGCUUUAAGUCGUGUGGAUCUCUUCUAAAAGAAAUACUGCUGGACUUUAGUCCUUUCCUGUCGCGCGUGCUGAUAGGCAGUCAUGGUCAAGAACUGGUGUUUGAAGGCUUGUCWUGCCAAAAGAGCGAUUCAAGCGUCGAGCUGGUCAUGUUGCUGUGUUCACAGGAGUGGCAGAAUUCUCUGCAAAGACACGGUGGGGCAGCUUUCAUGGAACUAAUCAACGARGGACGUCUACUUUCACAUGCAAUGAGAGAGCGAAUUGUUGUGACAACGAGCGAGGCUUAUGUGAUUAUGGCAAAACUUGAAGAUUAYCUAAAGCAAAAACACUUCCAGUACGAAGAGCUGUGUAACCUGACGAGAGAGCUUUUUGURGAGAGYGAGGAUAUACAAAGUAGAAUAYUAGUGGCUUCUCGACGUCGCCAUAGUUGUGUUGCAAAAGGGUUACUUACGAAGAUUCAGGACAAACUAACGAGUGAGCAAGGGGCCUGGGCACCGGAAGAAGCUCCAGAGGAAGUAUACUUCUAUCGUCUCGAUCUUCGUGAAGACGACAGCAGACGACGUCGAUGUCUCGUUAAAAACCAGUACGGCUCCAGUCAUCCCGAGGCAACAUUGGUUAAAGCUUUAGAAGACACUGAACAACCCAUAAGUGACACRAAAAACACUCUAAAUUUCGCCAAAAUAUCCUCCUCUGAAAUYGARGACUCGUACUCUUUGGAUGACGACGACAGCAUAAGUGACAUCACUGUGGACGAUAGAGUACUGGAAGCGAAUGACACUGGUCACGUGGUUAUGACGACAGCUUGCCAAAUGAUUGCMCCGUGUGCUGUCGUUCCAGGCACCCUAACUAUUACCUCGACCGCGCUGUUCUUUUCAGUUGACGAAGACGAUGAAGAGUACCAUAAGAUUGACCCAAAGGUUCUUCUAUAUAUGGAMGGUCUGCAUGGCAAAUGGUUUGUGGACCAAAUCAAAGCUAUAUUUUCUAGACGAUAUUUACUUCAAAACUGUGCAGUGGAAAUAUUUUUUGCUAGUGGAACCUCAACACUAUUCAAGUUUCCUGACCAGCAAACAGUGAAGAAAGCAGUAAGGGCGUUGCCCCCUGUGGGUGUAGGGUCAUACUAUGGCAUAACACAAACAAGAGCUGCAUCUCUUUUUUCUCCUAAACAACUGUUCCAGAAAUCYACUAUGACAAGUAGAUGGCAGCGUGGGGAGAUUGAUAACUUCCAGUACUUGAUGUUCCUCAACACUAUUGCAGGUCGAACGUAUUGUGAUUUGAACCAAUAUCCCGUGUUUCCUUGGGUUUUAACGAACUACGAGUCCACAACAUUAGAUCUAAAAGACCCUGCUAAUUACAGGGAUUUGUCCAAGCCUAUCGGUGCUCUAAAUCCCAAUCGUCACGGCCAGUUCUURGAGCGCUAUGCAUCAUGGGACGAGAACGAUGACAUCCCUCCAUUUCAUUAUGGUACACACUAUUCAACGUCAGGCUUCACGUUGGCAUGGUUAAUAAGACUGGAACCUUUCGCUACUCAGUUUCUCAAUCUUCAAGGRGGUAAAUUUGAUCAUCCWGGACGAACAUUCUGCUCGAUUGCUACAGCCUGGAAAAACUGUCAAAGAGAUACGUCUGACGUCAAGGAGCUCAUCCCAGAACUGUUCUAUUUACCAGAAAUGUUUCUSAACGAUAACAGAUUCACUUUUGGAGUAGAUGACGAUGGUACGGUCAUUGAUGAUGUUGAACUCCCACCAUGGGCUUCCUCUGUCGACCACUUCAUCGCGAUGCAUAAAGCGGCACUUGAAUCAGACUACGUCUCAUUGCAUUUACACGAGUGGGUAGACUUAAUAUUUGGCUUCAAACAAAGAGGUCCAGAGGCUGUCAAAGCAACCAAUGUAUUUUUUCACCUGACUUAYGAAGGAAGUGUCGACUUGGACGCYAUUAGUGACUCUGUUAUGARAGAGGCUGUACAACAGCAAAUAAAGAGCUUUGGACAAACUCCUUCUCAGCUUCUGCUUGAGCCCCAUCCAGCGCGUGUUUCAUUUGACUUAGUACAGGCUCAACUGAAUCAAGAACCAUUUAAAAGUAUUUAUCUGACGUUCAAAGUCACAGAAAACGUACCAGUGACUUUUGUCGCAGCUCAUACUGACGUGAAUCAAAUGUACCCUGCAGUUGUUACCAUCAGCUGUAAUCAGUGUUUCUCGCUCAAUCGCUGGAUUAACACAGAUUCUGCGCAGAGUCUUCGUGGAGCACAGAUUGAACAAGAUCCAAUGUUAGCCACACCAACAGGGCGCCAUCGAAGACAGCUAGGGGAACCUCUAGACCAAACUGUCACCCCCAGUGCGUCGUGUUUUGUAGUGACCAAUGACAACAGGACAAUAAUGGCGUGUGGGUACUGGGAUAACAGUUUUAAAUGCUUCUCAUCUGAUAGUGGCAAACUUACACAGUGUGUAUUUGGACAUUGGGACCURAUAACGUGYUUAGCCUACAACUACCACGUAGGGCUCAUGGGAGGUUAUGGUAUCGUAGUGUCCGGGUCACGUGAUGCUACGGUUUUAGUAUGGCACUGGAAUGAACGCUUUCAACGGGUCACAUCCGCKGACCGAUCAAUCGAUGGAAGCCCGUCACCCUUAGCAAUAUUAACAGGACACGAGCAGCCAAUCACAUGCGUGGAUGUCAAUGCGUCCUUAGGAUUAGUGGUCAGCGGAUCRCARGAGGGACCAUGUUUAGUUCAUACUAUUACUGGAGAUCGUCUUCAUAUUCUACACGGCCCGCAAGAUUGUAUAAGACCACGGCUGGUUCGUGUCGUCCAAUCAGGGUUAAUUGUCGUUAGUUAUACCGAUAAUACAGGGCAUUUAGCUGUCUUUACUAUCAAUGGUAAAAUGCUAGAAGCAAAGCGACUGGAUGACCAUGUACUGGCACUUGCUGUCAAUCGAGAUGGUUCGUUCUUGUUAGCUGGCGGAUUUAGUCGUUACCUAACCGUAUGGCGUAUUCAUGAUUUAGCAUUCAUACAUACUUACCCACCCUGUGACGGGAGUAUUCGUGCACUGGCUGUAUCAUCUGAUCAAAARUGUCUUGUUGCUGGUUUAGCUUCAGGAAGCAUUCUCGCUAUUGCGACAGACUUCUCUCGAUGGCCGUUAAACUGAACAUAUGUCUAUUGGUUCUUUUAUAGUAAUUGCUCCUAAUGGAAAUCCGUUUAUAAUACAUGCACUAGGUAUAUAUAUYACAGUGAUUUUGAAUAAGCAAUGUGCGGUGACGUCAUUUUCUAGAACGAAGCCAUGAGGGGAAAUGUUGCUCUAUUUUGGUAUCACAAAAGUCAUUUUUGUGAUUUCCUCACUGAAAACGCCAACUUACUUGUAUCUUUGCAAAGAAGGUAAGGAGAAAAAAAUUCUUGAACAAGAAAAAGUGUCCUGGCUUUUCCUGGCAUUUCCCAUCAUGAUUUGGUCUUCAAAAUGGCGUCUUUACAAAMUGACCUGUAGCCCAUCACAGUAAUCUCGCACAGUAUCGAUAAUUUAAAAAAAAUACUGCUCUCGUUUACAA